AUGACGGUCACUUUCCAACCCUUCGACGUUCCUGGCGCCCAAACGGUGCAUGGGAAUGCCUUCCCCUACGGACUGCAGCUCCACUGCCCGGAUACAGCCAGCGCUGGGGUGCCCACGGUCGAUGAAGCCGUGAUCGCCCUGACCUCCUUGGCCGAGUCCGGCCGGCUCUCCGAGCUCUUACAGCGUCACGGGGCCGUGCUCAUUCACGGCAUCGGGCAUCCCGCCGCGGAGACAUUCGCUCGCCUCAUCAACGCCGUCGAAAACGCCCGUGGCGCCCAUCCGUUCGUGCAGAUCGGCCUCGCAGGGAAAAGAACCCUGGUGGCGGAGAAUGUGUGGACGGCCAAUGAAGGACCGUCGGAUCGUCGAUUCUACCAGCAUAAUGAGUACUCGCGCUACACACGCUUCCCUUCCAACAUCCACUUCUACUGCGAGAAGAAAGCCCUGCAGGGGGGCGAGACCCCGAUUGCGCAUAGUGCAUUGGUGUACGAGAAGUUGCAGGCGACGGUGCCUGCGCUUGUCCGUGAGGUCCACCAACGGGGUCUGGCGAUGAAGAUGGUGUUCCGGGCUCCAGGCCAUGAAGGCAAGGGGAACGAGUUCAACUGGGCCGGGAAGCAUAGCUUUGGACAAGAGUUCAAGCCGGGCGAUGAUCGCGACACGCAGAAGCGGAAGGCUGAAGCGCAGGUGCGCAAGCUCACGCCCACUUUUCGGUGGCUGCAGGAUGAUACGCUGGAGUUGGUCCAGCACAUCCCCGGUAUUCGACGGGCCCCGGCCAGCGGACGACCGGUCUGGUUUAACGGCUUAGUCGGUCGGUAUGGAAUGACACGCGAUCUGGGAGCGUUAGACCCGCCUUAUCUGGGACGAGAUGGAAUGACAUAUCUGCCGUGCGAUUACGGCGACGGAACAGCCAUUCCUGCAGAGUAUUUGCAGAAGUUGGAGGAGGUCGUGAAUAGUCUGGAGAUUGAUCUCUGUCUGGAGGAAGGCGAUCUGUUGCUGGUCGAUAAUCUCCAGGUCUCGCACGGGCGCAAACCGUGGACAGGCGAACGGAAAAUCCUGGUGAGCAUGUGGGAAACAGAUCAGUCUCCAAUGGAAGCUUUCUGA